AUGGCGCGUUUGCAGAUGUCGAAACCAUCCCUUGCAUUGGUUUGUAUUGGCACGAUUUUUCUUUUGACGACACCAGUCUACGCGACAGGAGUCCAGCUACCUGCCGUCUAUCCACUAGUCAACAUCUUGCUGCCUCUCCUCAACAACGUCUACAACCUCCUGCUUUCACUGCUCUCGAUCUUCGACACCUUACCCCCUAGCAUUAGCUGCAUUAUCCCGGUCGACUUGGGAGCUUUAGAGACAUCGUUACUCAAACUUUACUCCCAAGCUUUGGCCAUCGUGAACUUCUUACGCUCCUUACCCGAAUAUGCGAUCGGCGCCAAUCCUAACACACCGCCGGCGAAUGUGCUUAAUUUGCAAGGCUUGCUGAGUACGUUAGUGAAAACAAUAACGGAAUUGGCUGAAGAUCUCCUCAUCGGAAUCGGUGGAGGGCUUUUACCUGGACUGCUUCAACUGGUUGUGUUAUUAGUUGAAGCUUUAUUGAGCUUAUUGAUUUAA